UGCAAUCCAUGGACUGAUGAGUGCAUCUAGGAUGCCACUGCCCACUGGCACCUGACCUGAGCUAAUAUUGCACAUUUGAAGUGCAUAGGUAUUAAAACUACAGUCAGCCAGUCAUUGUGUAGGCAACAAGCAUGAUUUUUCUGGUGACUGAGCCUCUAAAAUUAAACAUCCUUACACAAUAUAUAUAUAGGCAUACUGCAUUGAUUGCUUUUUGUAACAACCUCAAAUUAUGGUAACAGUAGUCUAUAGCUCUCAUCAUGACAUAAUUAUUUUCUAAAGCUUCUAUGUCAGUAAAUUAUUCAUUACUGGUCCAUGUCGGUGAAAUGUAUACAGUUGGAAUUUUAUUAAUAUUUUAUUUUUAGUUUUUACUUUCAAACUUUUAAGAUAAUUACUGCAAAAGCAACAAAUUAAGAAAAGUAAACUAUCAUUACAAUAUCAAAAAGUAGUCAGAAUAGUUGCAAUGACAAGAUGGCUAAAUGGAUUAUUCUUUGCUGUUUUUUUUCAGUUUGUCUCUUCCUUAUAUAUUAGCAUUGAUCAAGAUGAAGGAAAUGAUGCAAUGGAAUGCAUUAAAGGGCAGAUCUCAUGUCAAUCAUUGCUGUAUGUUUCUGACGCCCUUAAUAUCAUUAACAUCACUAGUAAUCUCACAAUCGAGAUCACUGGACCUGCUCUUAGUCUAAAAGGGAGUGCUGUAUUUACUGAUAUUUUUGACCUGACUAUCAAAGGAGAAAGGAACAACAUUGAAUGCAGUGAGUCUCAAUAUUUAAUUGGGUCUGGAAUUGUUUUCAAAAACUGCACUAAUGUCAAACUUAUUGGUUUCACAAUGAAAUACUGUGGAUUAUUAUAUGAUUGCAAACAAUUCUAUGGGAUACAAGCAAUACUUUUCUGUAAUUGUACCAACAUUGGUAUUGUUCUUGUCAAUUUUAAAAACAGUAAUGGCACUGGAUUAGUAUUUUAUGGUGCUAGUCGUUUCAUUAGCAUUGAAAAUUCUGUUUUCUUGAACAACAGGUUCAAUGGUAGGAAUUUAAUUUAUGAAAGAGAAACAACACUAACUGGAGGAGGUGUACGUAUCAUUCAAAUUCAUAAUGCUUUUGUAAUCAUUACUAUGUGUAAAUUUGUCAACAAUUCUGCUACUUUUGUGGGUGGUUCAUUAUACAUGAAUUUUAGUGAUGCUUUCCAAAAUGCAAUCACUAUCUAUGCCUGCAACUUCACUAGUAGCAUAGCAGGCAUUAGUGGAGGAGCUAUUGGUAUCACAGUGUAUUUAAGUGGCUCAUUGCCUCCAAGCUCAAAUUAUUCAAUUAGCUUCCGCAGUUGUAAUAUUAUUAACAAUGUUGCUCAGUUUGGUGGAGGAGUUGCCAUUCAAAUACCACGCAUCGGAGUUCGCUAUCAAAGAUUCAAUAUCGAAAAUUCUAUCAGGUUUCAUAAAUGUACAUUCAUGAGUAAUAUAGGUAAAGUAACUUCAGCUGUAGAUAUCAAUGGUCAGAAUCAAAGAGUGGAGGAUUCACUGCAUACCCUUAUAGUAUUUCAAACAAACACUCAGUUUAAAAACAACAUAGCUGGAUUUAACCUUCAAGUACCUCAACACAGGCCUUAUAAAGGUAAACUAUUCAGUGCCACUGUCUAUGCUAUUGAUGCACAAGUUUCUUUUGAGAGUCAAGUUACAUUCAUCAAUAAUACUGGAACUCCAGUGUACCUAAAAAAUAGUCACUCACGUCUUGGAUUUAAAUCAAAUGUCAGUUUUAUUGGUAAUACUGGGGAUCGUGGAGGAGCUAUUCUGUUAGAUGAAUAUUCGGUAAUUGAACUUGAUUCUUCUUCUCUGUUACAAUUUAUUAACAACUCUGCACUUAUUGGUGGUGCAAUAUUCGUUGAUACAAUCAAUAUUAUACAGUAUGAAGGAAUAUGCUUUUUUCAGAAAGUUUCAAAUUAUAGGGCAUUCUAUAUCAGGUUUAAAAAUAAUAUUGCUGAAAGUGGAAUUGGUCAUGAUAUCUUUGUAACUACUCUACAACCUUGUGUUCAGUUGCAUCAUAGCAAUGCUACAGCACUCUUUACAGGCAGUAAAAUUGGAAUUUUUAAUUUCUCUUCAUCUGUAUCCCAGGCAAUUUCUACUGCUCCUGCUACAUUAUUAUUAAACAAGACCGAAUUAAAUAUAUUUCCUUAUCCUGGUUUACCAUAUGCUAUGAAUGUAACACAAAUAGAUGAGUUUAAUAAAAGUGUUACUAACUUGCAACUCUUUCCAUUGAGUUCAACAUGGCUUCAAAAAUCAACAAUAAAAAUUAAUUCUGCUCAUUCAAUUGGCCAUAGCUACAUAUUAACUUUUAAUGGACAAGUGGGACAAAGUAAUAUUCUUUUGUUACAGGGCGCUGAUUACAGUGCUACAUUAUACAUUAAUGUUACAUUGUAUCAAUGUCCGCCAGGCUACAUUUUUCAGAAUGAUACUUGUCUUUGUUCUCAUAGUACUAGUCUUUAUUAUAAUGGCAUACUACAUUGCUUAGAGGAUAAAAGAGCAGUAAUUGCAAAAGGAUUUUGGGCUGGAUACUUGAAAGAUAAAUUCACCACAGCUACUUGUCCUUCUGUUCUUUGCAAUUACACAAAUGAUAAAAAAUACGAAGAGCAUGUCCUCCCAUUGAAUUGUAGUUUGUUAAACGAUCAUGUUUGUGCCUCUCAUAGGAAUGGUGUAUUAUGCGGUAGUUGUGUCACUGGCUAUACCACAUACCUUCACUCUCCUAGCUAUCAUUGUGGUGAAUCCGCUCAUUGCAAAUAUGGACCAUUGUUUUACAUACUAUCAGAGAUCAUACCAGUUACAAUUAUAUUCCUAGUGAUCCUUUUAUUUAAUAUCAAUUUGACAUCAGGUGCUCUGUAUUCUUUUAUCUUUUAUUCACAAAUUGUUAGCAAUCACUACACUCAGUACCAGCCAUACAGUGAUGCACUGAAAUAUUUCUUUAGCACUCUCAAGGUAGUUUAUGGCAUUUUUGACUUGUCUAUUUUGGAAGUAAAUGAAUUUUCAUUUUGUCUAUUUAAGAAUGCAACAGUAAUGGAUUUGAUGCUGAUUAAGUAUCUAACUACACUUUAUGCUCUGCUACUUAUUUUUGUUACCAUUUUGGUACUGAGGGCUAAUUCCUUAUACUUUUGCAUCAAACUCUGUCACAAAUGUGGACGCAGAAAUAUAAGAGGCUCCAUUGUUAAUGCAUUGACAGCUUUUUUAGUUCUGUUUUACUUUCGUUGUUUGGUGAUAACACUUUAUGUUUUAGUCCCUUCAUAUGUGAUUGGAGAAGGAGGGAACAAGCAAAAGACAGUUCCUCUUUAUAAUGGAGACUUGUCCUACAUGUCUAACGAUCAUCUUAAUUAUGUCAUACCAGCUAUGAUAUGUCUGGCAUUUAUAAUCAUACCUCCUCCUAUUAUUCUACUAUCAGAGCCUUUCAUAGUACGAAUCAAUGGUGCAUUGAAUAUUAAAAGAAACGCCGUUACUUACAAUCUCCACAGGCUAAGAAUGAAACUGAAACCAUUUUUAGAUUCAUUCCAGGGAUGCUUUAAGGACAACUACAGAUGUUUUGCUGGCCUUUUUCUUCUCUAUCAUAUAUUAAUUGUUCUUACUCCAAUGUAUUUUUCAGAGGGCACAUUUUGGAACAUUACAAUUAAAGGAACACUUUUGUUUCUGAUUUUACUACUACAUUGUCUAUGCUCACCCUUUCAGCAAAAUAUAUUCAAUCAUCUCAAUUCGUUUUUACUGAUUAACCUCCUUCUGAUUAACAUGCUUCAGCUGGCACUAGUUAGUACAUAUGAUGGGUCUGUUUUAGUGGCUGGAAUAAUCCAGUUAGCUCUGAUGUCACUGCCACUCAUUUACUUACUGUGCUAUACUACUGGAUGGCUCUGUAAAAAUUAUUGUGUUCAGAGAAGACGGUAUGAAAUAGAUCAUCAUGCUGAUGGUGAUGAAUUCCCAGCUAGAAUGAUACCAGGAUUGUUGGAAUCUUACAAUACAUUUAACUAAUUAUGUUAAUGCCAAAACAACUAGAUUUAGUGUAGUAAUUAUGUAGUAGUUUAUUAUUCUCCUUUUCCUAGCUAUUUUUCCUGUGUGUUUAUUUCAAUUUAGUUGACUAAGUUUGUAGUGACAAAUAUUGACUAAAUAUAAUUGAGUUGACCAAAA